AACAGAAAUCAACACGUGAGCGCUAAUAUUUGUACUCAACUACACCGGUGUAGGCGAAUUGCAUCCUCGCGCUCUACAGUUGUAGUCAGUAGUCUCUACAACUUAGCUGAGUCGUGCUUCAAGUUUUUUAUUAAAAGCAAGUUAACUCAGGGUAGUGGACAUAGUUUAAUUAAUUUACCAAAGUCAUUUGUAAAUGACAUAAAAUUUAUUCAACCUCAGUCUCUUAUCAAUAAUUCUGCAAUUCAACAUCCACGUUUCAACUCGACACUUAUUUCGUCGAUGCAUUUUCCCAUAAAAACUAAUAGUAGUUGGUCUAAAUCGACGACUACUUUUCCCAUUUUUAAUUCUGUAAAUACAAAUCUAAAAUUGCAGACACCAGCCCGAGGUAUUAUUAGAUACAAUAGAAGUCGUGGAAAACGCGGAAUAGUGAGAACAGUGGGUAUAUGGAUUAGAACCAGAUCUGCAAGGCAUAGAAAAAUAUGGACAAAGAAGCAGGCGAGAAUCAAACGUUUACGUCGGCAUGUAUUUACUAAUGCUUCUCAGUCAUGGAUGCUGGAUAAAAUGGUAUCACCAUAUUUUAGAAAACCAAAGUUUUGGGUAGAUGAUCCUUACAAUCCUUACCAUUCACGAGAAAAUUUUUGGACAACUAGAACAAAACCACUGCCU